AUGUUCAGAUUUAUUUUGAUUUUUUGUUCAUUAAUGAAUGCAGUAGCCUCACAAGCUUGUACAUGGGUGCCUUACGAAAACAAGCGAAUGUACGGAGGAGUUGUCAACUCAGCUGCUUAUUCGUUAACUGACUGUCAAGCAAGUUGUACCGGUAACUCCGGAUGUCUGGCUAUCGAAUGGGAUUUCAAUAUGCCCGCUGGAUCCCAAUGUUACACAUUCAAAACUUCAAAUGAACCAACAUUUUCUGCAAAUGGAGUCACCCACUACAUUUGUUCAGGUCUAACAAACUGUAACUGGAACAAUUUUUACAACCUUCGAAUGAAUGGCGGGAUUCUUCAAUCUUCUGCAUCCACGCUGGACAGUUGCAGAAGUAUCUGCAUCAACAUUGCUGGCUGCCAAGCGGUGGAAUUUGUAGCAGCAUACCAGCAAUGCUUCACAUUUACUCAAUCAGAUUAUCCAAACAUACAAGCUAAUGGGAUUAUUCAUUCCAUUUGCACAGGUUGUUCGUGGACUACAUACACCAACCUCCAAUUGUACGGAGGAUUGGCUCAACCCACAGUGACUUCAUUACCUGCCUGCCAAAAUCUUUGUGCCAGUACUCCAGGAUGUCAAGCCAUUGAAUGGGUUCCUAAUAACGGCGUAGGCUCGCAAUGUUUCACAUUCACUUCUUCAGCUGUUCCGACUAUCAGCGCAUCUGGAAUUAACCAUUAUAUUUGUUCAGGUUGA